UCGAACUAGAAAGAAAAUAAUGGUCUGAAGUUUUUUCUUUUUUUUCUUUCUUUCUGGAGUAGUGGUGGUAAUGGUUACUUAUCAAGCUUCCAAAUUGAAUCUGUCAUCUUCUCAUUCUUCAAAGGAGGUAUUUGUUGCCUCCCUUUUAUAUGAACCUUUUUCUCAGUCUUUAGCUUUAAUGCAUUCCGAUUCUUCUAUACUUCUUUUCCCUGCUUUCUCUCCAUUUUCACCUUCUUCUUCUGAUUCUUCUAAUACCGAAAAAACCCUAAUUCCCCCGUCUUGUUCUUCUUCAUGUUUUCUUCGUCUUCAAUCGAAUCCAAAUUCAACUGAAGGUCGUACUGUUUUUAUUGUUGCUAGUCCGCAUAAUGGUGGUUCUAGGGUUCUUCUUCGAUUAUGGGUACUACAGAAGAACCAGGUAUUUGCUAAAGCCCAAGUUAAUUGCAGUCAAAGUGACCUUAAGCUUGACAAUAGUAAAUUAGGGUUAGUCAUUGAUCUGACUCAUGGAUUUUCUGUCAAGCUUGUUGGGUCAGUUAAUUUUUUCGCUUUGCAUUCUGUAUCUGCUAAAAAAAUUUGGGUAUUUGGUGCAAAAGUUGUGGAUGAUGAAAGUGUGAAAUUAAUGAAAUGUGCUGUUAUCGAUUGCUGUCUUCCAAUUUCUUCGAAUACUAUUUCGUUGGGGUUUUUGAUUUUGGGUGAGGAUAAUGGGGUUAGGGUUUUCCCAUUGAGGACACUUGUGAAGGCUAGAGUGAAGAAGCCUAGAGAUUCUGGAAGGAGGAGAGAGGAAAAUUGUGAGAAUGGCCUGGACAGCGAUGCAUUUUCAAAGGUUCAGGGAAUGAAUAUACCUAAUGGACCAAUUCGAUAUGCUAAUGGAAGCAAUGAAUCGUGUAGUUCUACUGUGGCUAGUUCGAAAUCUGUGGUUGGCUGUCAUGGUGUCAAAAGUACUGCUUUGAAAGGGACAAUUGAGAUUGCUUCUAAUGGCUACACUGGGAAAAUUGCCGAGAAUUCUUUUUCUGUGAAGCAUAGGAUUUUAAAGCUAAAACAGGACUCAGGUUUAGGUGGCUCGUUUUUUGUGAAUUUUAAGGGUGUGGAGAUGCAAAGUCAGAUAUUGGUCACAGUAUUAAAAGCUGUUUCAGUCCAAGCUCUUUCGCAUAAAAGGUUGCUAAUUUUGGACUCGGUAGGAGAUUUACACCUUUUGAGUAUGUAUGGUACAUCUCCUGGGCCAGAAACCACUGGUCAGAUGAGGCGUCUGGGUCAUGCUAUGAAAACUCAAAUGCUGUUUGUUCUUCCUGAUUUUUCUACAAGAAUGCAUAACUUUUGGAUGUCCGAUGGGCCCCACACCAUUCACAUGAUGUCCAUAUCUGAAAUGGGAAUUCAUGUGAACGACACUGAUAAACAUGAAAUUGGGGAAAAGCUGAUGCAGAUCUCAGCUGUUGAAGCAAUAUUUUCAAGCGAAAGGAUCCAGAAUGUAAUUCCUCUUUCAGGAAAGGCAAUAUUGGUUCUUGGACAAGGCAAUAUAUUUGCUUACGCAAUCUCCUGAAGUUGAUAAGUGAUUUAUUUGAUUGCAGUGGUAAUUCUGUUCUAUGUCUGUCAAAUUGGUUCAUGCUGAUGGAGUUGGCUUUAUGGUUCAGUGUCCUUUGGCAAUGGCCAUUGCUGGUUGCUUCUCUUUGAUUACUUUGGUGCUGUUUAUCCGAAGUACUGGGCUCAGGUUGUGUUGGUUUCUAGUUGCAGAUAUGGCCUAAUGAAUACUGAGCUCGAAAGAAGGUGCAAUCACCUGGUCUUGCUACAGCCUUCAGUUUAUAAUAUCACCGGUGAAUGCGACCAAUGAGCUCUAAUGAUUUGUCUAAGCCGCGUUUGUCAGCUUGCAUCUUACUUCACCUAGCAGAGUGUUGUUCAAGUGGAAGGUGCAAAUGAAAUCCAAGAUGCAAUAAGGUAAUGAUGAUGCGACUUCUGUUUAUUAAAGCGUGCUAGUAAAGAGAAAACUUGUUUAUCUAUUGCCUAGGAUGCUUCUUCAUGAACUGCAAGAUGCAAUAAGGUAAUGAUGAUCCGACUUUUAUUUUAUUAAGGCGUCCCAGUAGGACUGUUACUUGUUUAUCAAUUGCAAAAUUUCUUUAUGCCUAUAUAUUACAAUUUAAUAAACUGUUUAGUCUUUUCUAUUAGUAGUGAGCAUUUAUAUUUUUCAAUUAAUACACAUAAUUUAAGUUGUUGAUGCUGAGGAUAUUGAGUUAGAAUGAUGAAUCAUGACGUAUCUCAUUCUGCUUUGACGAAUUUCAUCAUGUUUUACCUUUUAUAAUUUAUGGUCUCUGUUAAGUAUCUCAUGAGAUACUGCUACUAGUGUCAUCUAGUUUUUUAGCAAUCUUACCACUAGUGUAACUAUACUCCAUCUAAUUUUAAUGCACAAGAAUUGGGUUAUCAUCUGCCCUGCAAUUAAA